CGGCAUUCUUAUGCCAUACUCCCCACACACUAUUCCGGCAACGUGAUCAAAUUGGGCAAACCCUGGACUCAGUAAUUUUAAUCUAAUUAAUGAGAGUAAUCAAGUUUUGGGAGCCUACUUGUUCUACACAAAAUCUGGUUCAACUGGCUACAAUGUCAGAGUUCAUAUAUAUCUGGGCACUCACCCAGUGGAACGAGCCGCUUCAAAAGCUGCGCCAACCCGUGCCAACUCCGAGCGGAACUGAAGUCCUUCUGACCUUCACACUGCUGAAGGAAUCUACGACGCGGGCGGAGGGAAGCGCCUCUACGUCAAAGAUCGCGGCAUCCAGCUGCCUGUCGCUCUGGGCCAUGAAGUAUUCCGAGAGGGGCCUUGGGACAUUUCGACAUGGAGGAUCUGCCGAGUACGUCCUGGUUCCGCACCCCAAAUACUUGGUCGACCUGGGAGAUCUUGACCCUGCUGUGGCGUGCACCUUUGGCUGCUCAGGAAUCACCACUCUCAGUGCGGUGAGCAAGGUUCUACCCUUGCCUACGGAUGAGCCAGUCCUCCUCAUCGGAGCAGGAGGCCUAGGUCUCGCGGCUAUAGCCGUGCUGAAGGCAUUCGGACACAAGUCAAUCAUCGCCACAGAUGUUGCCGACGAGAAGCUGGAUGCAGCCACCGCCGCCGCGGCCACGAAGACGGUCAAUAUCUCCGGGCCCUCGGCGACUGAAGACAUUCUCGCGGCAAUCAACGGGCCCGUGAUCGCCGUGAUCGAUUUCGUCAAUAGCUCAAUCACGGCAAAUCUGGCCAACGGCAUAAUUGCAAAGGGGGCCAAAUGGCUUCAGGUUGGCGUCAUGGGAGGCUCAAUUGAGUUCUCCCUUGUGGCCAACAUCUUUAAAGGCUUGACCAUCUUCUCAAACAUCACUGGAAACCUGGAACACUUUCGACAAGUCGUUCAGCUGGCUAAAGAAGGCAAGCUUAGCCCCGUUCCGGUUCAGACGAUGGACUGGAAUUCGGCAAAUGAAAUACUAGUAGAAGUGUCGUAAUUUCUGCAUUGGCAUUUAUGUGACGAGAUUUGGGUCGUAUUCCAGUGACAUCGGUUCGCGACUAGAGGCAGGUUGACCAGAAAACCGUUGUUGACGACCAGAAAACGUAUGUAGACACAAUCUCUAGUGGCAAACGAACUUGUCUCGUGUUAGUAGUUUGUUGAGCAAGUUUGUUCCUUGGUCAAUCUGCAGCGUAUCUUUUGUCCUUUCAAAAGGGUGUAAUGGAUUAUAUCCACCUCAGGUAGCUUCGGAAUGGACAGACCCUUUUUUCUUGGCAAUAGGUGCUUCAGACUCUUUGGGCGACCAAUACAUGCAAUUUACACCUGAGGUUGAGCAAGCCUUCCAAGAAAUAGAAAGGCACGGUUAGUGCGUCUUGACUCUUCGGGUGUGUUCUAAGAAGCGCAAAAAGAGAAGAAGACCGAAUCGUAGGCAAGAUUGGGAUACGUGUACCUUUCACUGAUU